UCCUGCUCCCAAUUCAUCCAAUUCCUAAGGCGAAGCAAAAAUCCCCAAAUCUUCCUUCGUUUCAGAGAGAGAUGUCUGGGCGCGGCAAGGGUGGCAAGGGGCUGGGCAAGGGCGGCGCCAAGCGCCACAGGAAGGUUCUGCGGGACAACAUCCAAGGCAUUACGAAGCCGGCGAUCCGUCGGCUUGCGAGGAGGGGCGGCGUGAAGCGCAUCUCGGGGCUCAUCUACGAGGAGACCCGCGGCGUGCUCAAGAUCUUCCUGGAGAACGUCAUCCGCGACGCCGUCACCUACACCGAGCAUGCGCGCCGCAAGACCGUGACCGCCAUGGACGUCGUGUACGCGCUCAAGCGCCAGGGCCGCACCCUCUACGGCUUCGGCGGCUAGGCUUUCUCUGUAUGGUGGUUGCUUGUUCCGAGAGUACCUGUCUGUGUCGUUGUGAUAGUCUGGUGGUGUCAAAUGUUGUGUCAUUGAUGUAAUCGUACACUGCUGCAGUGAAGAUAAUGCUAGUUAUGUUUGGAUGAAUGCUACUAGUUGUGUCCCAUUAAAUGUCAGCCUCUGUCGUAUGAAUCUUUGUUUAUGUGUA